AAGUUAUCAACUUUAAACAAUUGAUAACCCCCUACGAACAAAUAUAUUAGCAAAUAGUCAUCGUCAUUUCAUUUGAAAAUUUUUAUUACCAUAGCAUUACACUAUCGCCAAAAGGUCAAACGAUAACGGAAAAAUUAAAACUUGCAUGCGUUUUUUAACUUAAAUCGUCAAAAGAAGUCUUCAGAUUUGAACCAGCAUGUUUUCCCGCGCUUUUUUAAACAGACCCCACCUGUUGCACGCCAAGAAUCUAGGUAAUAUUUUGCGACAAUCCACGGGCCCUUUAGCAAAAAUGGACAUUUCCCAAACUCUAAACCGCAACAUAUGGGAAUCCGACCCGGAACUAUUCGAAAUAAUGAAAAAAGAGAAACUUAGACAAAAAUCUGGGCUUGAAAUGAUCGCUAGUGAAAAUUUCACGACUCUGCCCGUCUUGCAGUGCCUUAGUUCCUGCCUGCACAACAAAUAUUCCGAAGGCCUCCCCGGGCAGAGAUAUUACGGUGGUAACGAGUUUAUUGACCAAGUUGAAGUUCUGGCGCAAAAAAGAUCGCUGGAAACGUACAAAGUGAGCCCUGAGGAGUGGGGCGUCAACGUGCAACCUUACUCGGGCUCUCCAGCGAAUUUUGCCACCCUCACUGCAGUGGUAGAACCACACGGCAGGAUCAUGGGUCUUGAUUUACCCGACGGUGGUCAUUUGACCCACGGUUUCUUCACGGCCACCAAAAAAAUCUCCGCCACCUCUAUUUUCUUCGAAUCUAUGCCCUACAAGGUGGAUCCUGAGACAGGGUUGAUCGAUUACGAUCAGUUGUUAAAGACAGCUAGACUUUUCAAGCCUAAGCUUAUCAUUGCUGGAGUUUCUUGCUACUCCAGGGCUUUGGAUUACAAGAGAUUCAGGGCUAUUUGUGAUGAAGUGGGGGCUUAUUUGAUGUCCGAUAUGGCGCAUAUUUCAGGAUUGGUGGCUGCAGGUGUGACUCCAAAUCCUUUUGAUUACAGUGAUAUUGUUACCACCACUACCCACAAAAGUUUAAGGGGGCCCCGUGCUGGGGUUAUUUUCUUCAGGAAAGGAGUUAGAUCUGUUAAUGCUAAAGGAGAAAAAAUCAUGUACGAUUUGGAAUCUAAAAUUAAUCAAGCAGUAUUCCCAGGUUUACAAGGUGGGCCACACAACAACACAAUCGCUGCCAUAGCAACGGCCAUGAAACAAGCGAACACGCCCGAAUUCGUGACGUACGCCAAACAGGUGGUUGCGAACGCCAGACGCCUAAGCGACGGCCUCCAAUCGAAGGGGUACAAGGUCGUGACGGGGGGAACGGACGUGCACAUGCUUCUCGUCGAUUUGAGGAGCGCGGGAAUCACCGGAGCGAAAGGGGAGUACAUCCUCGAGGAGAUCUCGAUAGCCUGCAACAAAAACACCGUGCCCGGGGACAAGAGCGCCCUGAACCCUUCGGGGAUUCGCCUGGGAACGCCGGCUCUGACCACCAGGGGGCUCGAGGAGGCGGACAUCGACGCGGUUGUCGGUUUCAUCGACAGAGGGCUCAGGUUGGCCAAGAAAAUCAACGACAAGUCCGGGCCCAAGUUGGUGGACUUUAAAAAAUUGCUGCACGAGGAGUUUCAAGGUGAAGUCGACAGUUUGAAGAAGGAGGUGGAGAGUUUCAGCAACGCGUUCCCCCUCCCUGGCUUGGAGGAGUAUUAAACCAUCUUUUUGUUAUUUAUUGUUAAUUUUUUAUUUUUAUGAAAAUUCUUU